GUGAAGAGACAGUGAACUUCUGACCGACUUCAAACAGACCAAAGCUUCAAUCUGCCAAGGAUUCAAAUCUCAGGAAGAGAAAAAAGAUGCUGCAGGGGCUGUUCAGUCGGCACAGGCUGAAGCACGAGCGGCUGGAGGAGGAAGCAGAAGUUCGGUUUAAAGGGAAGCUGGUGUCGGAGAGAGAGCUGGGCUACACGUUCGUGCGGCCAGGAGGCUCCAACUAUUCCAGUCCGUCGUUGGCUCCAGUCCCCAGUCUGAAUGAGGACGAGCAUGUGGGGGGCGGGGGUGGGGUGCUGGGUCUUGCACCUGAACACAUUCCCACCCCUGGCGCCCCCCUCAGCUGGCAGGCAGCCAUCGACGCGGCACGGCAGGCCAAGCUGAUGGGCACCACCGGAGCCCCGAUCUCCACUGCGUGCUCCACGCAGCGUAAACGCCAGCACUACACCAAACCCAAGAAACAGGCAACCACUGCCUCCACGCGCCCACCCCGAGCCCUUCUCUGCCUAACUCUUAAAAACCCCAUCCGCAGGGCGUGCAUUAGUAUUGUGGAAUGGAAACCGUUUGAAAUCAUAAUUUUGAUGACUAUUUUUGCAAACUGUGUGGCCUUAGCUGUCUACAUCCCUUUCCCCGAGGACGAUUCCAACGCAACCAACUCAAACCUGGAACGGGUGGAGUAUCUCUUUCUGAUCAUUUUUACGGUGGAAGCAUUUCUGAAAGUUAUUGCAUACGGGCUGCUGUGGCACCCUAAUGCAUACCUUCGGAACGGCUGGAACUUGUUGGAUUUCAUCAUCGUGGUGGUUGGGCUCUUCAGUGCAAUAUUAGAGCAGGCCACUAAAGGGGAUGGUGGGACUUCAAUGGGAGGCAAGGCUGCAGGGUUUGAUGUAAAAGCCCUGCGAGCCUUUAGAGUGUUAAGACCUCUGAGACUAGUAUCUGGAGUACCUAGUUUACAGGUGGUGCUGAACUCCAUCAUUAAAGCCAUGGUUCCCCUCCUGCACAUCGCUCUGCUCGUUCUGUUUGUCAUCAUUAUUUAUGCCAUCAUUGGCCUCGAGCUCUUCAUGGGCAAGAUGCACAGAACCUGUUUUUUCUUCAAAGAUGGACACAGAGGUACUAUAUCUGAAGAGAAGCCGGCCCCCUGCGCCCCAGGCACUACCCAUGGACGCCAUUGCACCCCGGCCAACGUAACACAAUGCAUGAUGGGAUGGGCGGGCCCAAAUGAUGGAAUCACGAACUUUGAUAACUUUGCAUUUGCCAUGCUGACUGUGUUUCAAUGCAUCACGAUGGAGGGCUGGACUGACGUCCUGUACUGGAUGCAGGAUUCCAUGGGUUAUGAGCUUCCGUGGGUCUAUUUUGUCAGUCUGGUCAUCUUUGGAUCCUUUUUCGUUCUAAAUCUGGUUCUGGGUGUGUUGAGCGGAGAGUUCUCUAAAGAGCGGGAAAAGGCCAAAGCUCGUGGCGAUUUCCAGAAGCUCCGUGAGAAGCAGCAGCUGGAGGAGGAUCUGAAGGGCUACCUGGACUGGAUCACGCAGGCGGAGGAUAUCGACCCUGAGAACGAUGACGAGGGACUGGACGACGACAAGCCUAGAAAUCUGAGUAUGCCGGCCAGUGAAAAUGAGUCAGUAAACACUGAUAAUGCUCCAGCUGGAGACAUGGAGGGAGAGACCUGCUGUACUCGCAUGGCAAAUAGGAUCUCCAAAUCCAAAUUCAGUCGAUAUUCACGCCGAUGGAAUCGGUUAUGUCGGCGCACGUGCCGUGCAGCAGUGAAGUCAAAUGUGUUCUACUGGCUGGUGAUUUUCCUGGUAUUUUUGAACACACUUACCAUUGCCUCUGAGCACCACCAGCAGCCAGAAUGGCUCACCAAUGUGCAAGAAAUCGCCAAUAAGGUGUUGCUGGCUCUUUUUACUGGUGAGAUGCUGCUGAAGAUGUACAGCCUGGGCCUACAGGCCUAUUUCGUCUCCCUUUUUAACCGCUUUGACAGUUUUGUGGUGUGUGGUGGAAUUCUGGAGACUAUCCUGGUGGAAAUAAAGGUCAUGUCACCCCUCGGCAUCUCUGUGCUGCGCUGUGUGCGUCUGCUCCGCAUCUUCAAGAUCACCAGGUACUGGAACUCUCUCAGUAAUCUGGUGGCAUCUCUGCUGAACUCGGUGCGCUCCAUCGCGUCCCUGCUUCUGCUGCUCUUCCUGUUCAUCAUCAUCUUCAGUCUACUUGGAAUGCAGCUCUUUGGUGGCAAGUUCAACUUUGAUGAGACGCGCCGCAGCACCUUCGAUAACUUCCCCCAGUCGCUCCUCACCGUCUUUCAGAUUUUGACCGGAGAGGACUGGAACUCUGUGAUGUAUGAUGGGAUCAUGGCGUACGGUGGACCCUCCUUUCCUGGCAUGCUUGUCUGCAUUUAUUUCAUCAUCCUCUUCAUCUGCGGAAACUACAUCCUCCUGAAUGUCUUCUUGGCCAUUGCUGUGGACAACCUGGCAGACGCAGAGAGUCUGACAUCAGCGCAGAAGGAGGAAGAGGAGGAGAAAGAGAGGAAGAAGCUGGCUAGAACGGCCAGUCCAGAGAAGCGUCAGGACUCUGAGAAACCACCUCUGGAGGAUGAAAAGAAAGAGGAAAAGAUUGAACUAAAAUCCAUCACUUCUGAUGGAGAGACGCCAACUGCCACUAAGAUCAACAUCAAUGAGUACACAGGGGAGGAGAAUGAGGAGAAGAAUCCAUAUCCUGUGAACGAUUUCCCAGCAGGAGAGGAGGACGAGGAGGAGCCAGAGAUGCAAGUAGGUCCUCGUCCACGUCCGCUCUCCGACAUUCAGCUGAAGGAGAAAGCUGCCCCCAUGCCAGAAGCCAAAGCUUUCUUUAUUUUCAGCUCCUCUAACAAGUUCAGGGUUUUGUGUCAUAAGAUUGUAAACCAUAACAUCUUCACCAAUUUAAUCCUGUUCUUUAUACUGCUGAGCAGUAUUUCACUGGCAGCGGAGGACCCAGUGAAUAAUGACUCAUUCAGGAAUCAGAUUCUAGGCUAUGCAGAUUAUGUGUUUACAGGAAUCUUCACCAUAGAGAUCAUAUUAAAGAUGACAGCGUAUGGAGCAUUCCUACAUAAGGGUUCAUUUUGUCGGAAUUAUUUUAAUAUUUUGGAUCUGGUGGUGGUCAGUGUGUCUCUGAUCUCCUCUGGAAUUCAGUCAAGUGCCAUUAAUGUAGUGAAGAUUCUCAGAGUGCUGAGGGUGUUGAGGCCCCUGAGAGCAAUCAACAGAGCCAAGGGCCUCAAACAUGUGGUCCAGUGUGUGUUUGUAGCCAUCCGUACCAUCGGGAACAUCGUCAUCGUCACCACUUUGCUGCAGUUCAUGUUUGCCUGUAUUGGUGUUCAGCUUUUCAAGGGCAAAUUCUUCUACUGCACAGACACCUCUAAACAGACACAUGCCGAAUGCCGGGGGUCCUAUAUAUUAUACAAAGACGGGAAUGUUGGGAAGCCAGAGAAAGCACAGCGUUCAUGGGAGAACAGUGACUUCAACUUUGAUGAUGUCCUGCAGGGCAUGAUGGCUCUGUUUGCCGUGUCCACUUUUGAGGGUUGGCCAGGGCUCCUCUACAGAGCCAUCGACUCCCAUACCGAGGAUGUUGGCCCAGUCUACAACUACCGUGUGAUCAUCUCUAUAUUCUUCAUCAUCUACAUCAUCAUCAUCGCCUUCUUCAUGAUGAACAUAUUCGUAGGUUUCGUCAUUGUGACAUUUCAGGAGCAGGGAGAGCAAGAGUACAAAAACUGUGAGCUGGACAAGAACCAGCGCCAGUGUGUGGAAUAUGCCCUGAAGGCCCGUCCCCUGCGCAGGUACAUCCCCAAGAACCCGUAUCAGUACAAGGUGUGGUACGUGGUGAACUCCACCUACUUUGAGUACCUGAUGUUCACCCUCAUCCUUCUCAACACCAUCUGCCUGGCCAUGCAGCAUCAUGGCCAAUCUCAGUCCUUCAGCAAAGCCAUGAAUAUCCUCAAUAUGUUGUUCACCGGCCUCUUCACUGUGGAAAUGAUCCUCAAACUCAUCGCCUUCAAACCCAGGGGUUACUUUAGUGACCCCUGGAAUGUUUUUGACUUCCUCAUCGUAAUUGGCAGCAUUAUAGACGUCAUUCUGAGUGAGAUCAACCCAGCUGACCCCUCCUCCUCUACCCCCUCCUCUGUGGUAAGACCAAUGGGCCUCCAAAACACUGAAGAUAACGCCAGGAUUUCAAUCACGUUCUUUCGGCUGUUCCGUGUGAUGAGGCUGGUGAAGCUUCUGUCUCGGGGAGAGGGCAUUCGGACGCUGCUCUGGACCUUCAUUAAAUCCUUUCAGGCUCUUCCCUAUGUUGCUUUGCUGAUCGUAAUGCUGUUCUUCAUCUACGCCGUCAUUGGGAUGCAGAUGUUUGGUAAGAUUGCCCUGAGGGACAACAGCCAGAUCAACCGAAACAACAACUUCCAGACAUUUCCUCAGGCUGUUCUGCUGCUCUUCAGGUGUGCAACGGGGGAGGCAUGGCAGGAAAUCAUGCUGGCCUGUUCCCCGGACCGCCCAUGUGAGAAGGGGUCAGAGGUCGGCCAUUCCAGUGAAGUCUGUGGCAGCAACUUUGCCAUCAUCUACUUCGUUAGCUUUUAUAUGCUUUGCGCCUUCCUGAUCAUUAACCUCUUUGUGGCCGUCAUCAUGGACAACUUUGACUAUUUAACACGUGAUUGGUCGAUAUUGGGGCCACAUCACCUAGAUGAGUUUAAGAGGAUAUGGGCAGAAUACGAUCCUGAGGCCAAGGGUCGGAUAAAGCACCUGGAUGUUGUGACAUUACUGCGCAGGAUUCAGCCUCCCCUUGGAUUUGGAAAGCUUUGUCCACACAGAGUGGCAUGCAAGAGGCUUGUGUCCAUGAACAUGCCUCUCAAUAGUGACGGGACAGUGAUGUUCAACGCAACUCUUUUUGCUCUAGUAAGAACGGCUCUACGCAUCAAAACUGAAGGUAACCUGGAGCAAGCAAAUGAGGAACUCAGAGCCAUCGUGAAAAAGAUCUGGAAGAGGACGAGCAUGAAGCUGCUGGAUCAAGUUGUUCCCCCUGCUGGAGAUGAUGAAGUAACCGUUGGGAAGUUCUAUGCCACAUUCCUGAUUCAGGAAUACUUCAGGAAAUUUAAGAAGCGCAAGGAACAGGGCCUGGUGGCCAAAAUUGCCCCAAAGACUGCUCUUUCACUGCAGGCUGGCCUGCGUACACUGCAUGAUAUGGGUCCUGAGAUCAGAAGAGCGAUAUCAGGAGACCUGACUGUGGAGGAGGAGCUAGAGAGAGCCAUGAAGGAAACCGUGUGUGCUGCUUCUGAGGAUGAUAUCUUCAGGCGGUCUGGCGGUCUCUUCGGUAACCACGUCAACUACUACCACCAGAGUGAUGGCCACGCCUCCUUCCCACAGUCCUUCACAACACAGCGGCCAUUGCACAUCAGUAAAUCCGGGAGUCCCGUUGAGGCAGAAUCUCCCUCUCAUCAGAAGCUCGUCGACGCCACCUUCACUCCAAGCAGUUACUCUUCCUCAGGAUCAAACGCAAACAUCAACAACGCCAACAACACAGCCAUCGGACACCGGCACCCCAAACCUACCGUCAGCACAGUGGAUGGACACACGGGGCCACCCCUCACAACUGUCCCACUACCACGGCCCACAUGGUGCUUUCCUAACAAGAGGAGCUGUUUCUAUGACACUUUCAUGCGCUCUGAUUCCAGUGACAGUCGUCUCCCUAUAAUACGGCGAGAGGAAGCAUCUACAGAUGAGACGUACGAUGAAACAUUUCUAGACGAGAGAGAUCAGACCAUGCUCUCAAUGGACAUGCUGGAAUUUCAGGAUGAAGAGAGCAAGCAACUGGCUCCAAUGGUGGAGGCAGAUGUAGGGGAAGAGAGGAGGCCGUGGCAGUCUCCACGAAGACGGGCAUUCCUCUGCCCCACUGCACUGGGUCGACGGUCUUCCUUUCACUUUGAGUGUCUCAGAAAACAUAACAGACCUGAUGUUUCUCAGGAAACAGCAUUACCAUUGCACCUAGUGCAUCAUCAGGCUUUGGCUGUGGCAGGGUUGAGUCCCCUGCUGAGACGGAGUCAUUCUCCGACGCUGUUUACGCGUCUGUGCUCCACACCUCCUGCGAGUCCUAGUGGCCGCAGCGGGGGCGGGCCGUGCUACCAGCCCAUUCCGUCUCUGCGGCUAGAGGGCAGCGGAUCUUAUGAGAAACUCAACAGCAGCAUGCCGUCUGUGAACUGCAGCUCGUGGUACAGUGACAGUAAUGGCAACCACAGCAGGAGUGUGCAGAGGACGCAGCGACCCGUGUCCCUCACAGUUCCUCCGGUCACACGCAGAGACACCACAUCCCUGUCACACGGGAGCGCCGGCAGCCUCGUGGAGGCCGUAUUGAUAUCUGAGGGUUUGGGUCGCUAUGCACAGGAUCCCUCCUUCAUCCAGGUAGCGAAGCAGGAACUAGCGGACGCCUGCGACAUGACCAUGGAGGAGAUGGAGAACGCUGCCGACAACAUUCUCAACGCCAACGCACCGCCCAACGCCAACGGCAACCUGCUACCCUUCAUACAGUGCAGAGACACUGGCUCGCAGGAGUCCCAUUGCAGCCACACGCUGGGCCUCUCGACCGCCAUGGGCUCCGACGAGCUGCUGGGGGCGGAGCUAGAGUUCUCCGACGGGGCAGGGCAGCGGAACAGCACUCUGAUGGAUGAUGAUGACAUGGAGUGCGUGACCAGUUUGUAGGGGUAACAGCAGCAGCAACGGAGGACUUCCUGUGUCUUAGCCAAGCUCUCUCUGAGGACACUGCUGUCCUGCAGUCUGACCCGUCUGUUGCGUGUACCCACCGUAGGGGUAUCAGGCCAUUCUGCUUAGCCGAGACCAAGUUGGUUUUUAGUUCGUCCGUGUGUUUGCGAGAGCACGAGCGAGUAGGGGUGUGUACAUGUUUGUGUGUGCGUGUUUCUAAAGUGCCUCACAGUUCUCACAACCUUGAUUGCAGUAAGGAAACGAAACCCUGACUGAGCAGGGAAUGAAGGGAAAAGAUG